AGAAACACUACCUCUAAUUCCUGAUGGGCUUUUUCUCCUCCUACCACUGAGAGGUAAUAAAAGGAACCUCAAGAGGAUUGUUUACACUUGGAUGUUGUUAGGGAAAGACGCACAUUCAUUGAGAGAAGUUUAAAGAAAACCUGAAGUUUUGCUAAAUUUAUUUUUAGGUAAAUAACUCUGUUAUGAAGAUGCUGAAUGUGGACUUGUUAGUUUUAAGUUUCUGCCUUGGUCUGGGGACAGGAUACAGUGCUGUUGGUAAGAAACAAUAUCAGAUCCAAAACGGGCCAUGUAGCUACACCUUUCUGCUGCCUGAGCAAGAAAACUGCCAAAGCCAGAGCGACAGCUACAACUAUCCAGUUCAAAAGGAUGGACCCAUGGACAACGACGAGUCGGCUCAAAGGCUGGAACAACUGGAGAUCAGCAUGGAGAACAACACACAGUGGCUGCUUAAGCUAGAGAACUACAUACAGGACAGCAUGAAGCAGGACAUGGUCCAAAUCCAACAGACUGCUGUACACAACCACACAGCUACGAUGAUUGAAAUUGGAACAAACCUGCUGAGUCAAACUGCUGAGCAAACAAGGAAACUGACCAAUGUGGAGGCACAGGUAAUUCAUCAUACAACUCGACUUGAGCGGCAGCUUCUUGAGAAUUCCUUGUCAACCAACAAGUUGGAAAAACAACUAAUCGUCCAAACAAAUGAAAUCAACAAGUUGAACGACAAAAACAGCUUCCUGGAGAAAAAGGUGGGGGAGAUGGAGGAGCAGAGGCAGGUGGAGCUGAAGAUGCUUCAAGACGAAAAGGAGCAGCUCCAGACUCUAAUACUGAGGCAGACCGCCAUCAUAGGCGAGCUGGAGCAGGAGCUGCUCAAAGUCUCCUCCAACAACACUGUCCUACAGCAUCAACAGCAGCAGCUGCUGGACACUGUGAACAGCCUCAUUCACACCAUCUCUGCCGGCUCAGCUCGCACAGAGACCAAAACUGUCAUGAUGCAGGACAAUCCUACCACUUUCAUGGACUGCGCUGCUGUCUACAAGUCAGGAGACACCCUAAGUGGAGUCUACACGCUCACAUUACCCAACACUACAACAGAGGUUAAGGCUUUCUGUGACAUGGAGACAGAAGGAGGUGGCUGGACAGUCCUACAAAAACGCUUUGACGGCCAUGUUGACUUUCACCGUACGUGGCAAGAGUACAAAAAGGGGUUUGGAGAACCAUCAGCUGAAUUCUGGUUAGGAAAUGAAUUUGUCUCUAAGAUGACCAAUCAACAGUCCUACAAACUAAGGAUCCAGCUGAGUGACUGGGAAGGAAACUCUGGAUUUUCACAAUAUGAUCAAUUUUCUCUGGACAGUGAAGCACAAAAUUACAGGAUACACCUUAAAGGCUACAGUGGAACAGCAGGCAAAAUAAGCAGCAUCGGGCAGCCAGGAAGUGAUUUCAGUACAAAGGAUGCAGACAAUGACAAAUGUGUUUGCAAAUGUUCACAACUGACAACAGGGGGUUGGUGGUUUGAUGCCUGCGGUCCUUCCAAUCUGAAUGGGAUGUAUUACCAACAAGGCCAAAACUCGAAUCGCUUCAAUGGAAUCAAAUGGUACUACUGGAAAGGCUCGGGCUAUUCACUGAGGUCCACGACAAUGAUGAUCAGACCAGCAGACUUCACAGGUUCCCUUUGAACCGUCACUCUCAGAUUAAACAAAGUGGGAAGGAAACUGUGCCUGACAAACGGCAACAAACAACAAAACCAAAAGUAAAAAAAUCUCAAGGAAGCCAAAGCACUUAAUGAAAACAUUGUUACAUACCUUUGAAAAGACAUAUUCUGUGCAUGUUUAUAUGUUUAAUAAUUUUAAUGAAAUGGGUUGUUGCAAAAAUUGUGAAAUAUGGACUGACAAAUAUCUAAAAUGAAAAUACGUAUGUCUGUGUGUAUAGGUAACUAUGGGUAUAGUAAUUACAUUGAGUUAUGACAGCUAGCUAAACAAACAGGAGAGACUAGAGUAAAAUGUGACAUUAAUUAACUUAAUUUCUUUAAUAUAGUUUAAGCAGCCAUUUAACUAGAUUUUGAAUAAUAGCUGCUAAUAGCUCAUUUUAGGAAAAAGACAAUGGUACAACAUAUAAACAACUGGCUCAAAGUGAUUGUUAUGUGUUCAAGAAAAUCUUCUGUUGAAUACCUAAAAUGUAAAUGCAAAUGUAAAAAUGUCACAGAAAUUGUUUCUCUUAGGAUCGUUUUUCUCCAGAGAAUGUGUGUACAUUUGUUGUUUAAUUUAUAUGUAGAUUUUAAGGCUGAUAUUUAACAUUAUUAUAAAAGGAUAGAGAUUUGUCAGAGAGAUCUUGAGUGCCUCCUAGUUCCUAGCUAGUUAAUGAUUUCAUUGCACAUAAACUAAGAGGAUAUCUUUUAAUAUAAUUCUGCAGUACCUUCCUACAUGCUCAUACAUGACGAUGAUCUCUUUGCAGUCUUUUGGGAAUGUAUUUUUUUAUUUAUGUAAUGACUCUUUUGAAACUACAACAAGCACAAUUUAUGACAAGUUGUCCAAGUGAGGAAGCUUGAUUUCUCAUCAGUAAACACUGGCUUUAGGUUUUGUUAGAGUGACUGAGUGUAAUGCUCUACCAGCUGUUAUAUACCUGAAGUUGAAUAUUUAACAUGACCUUGUUCUACACUAUAACAAUGAACAGUCUGGUGAAUGCACAAAUGCCAGA